AUGGAUGCACAUAAAAAUGGGAAGGUGAACCCUGCUAGCUUCCACUCCGGCAGAGCAACCCUUGCUAUAAAAAGAAAUCUUUUAAACAUAAACGGGUUGUCAUCCCAGGUAGGUGUAAAUGUAAGAGCUGUAUGUGAUAACCCCUCAUAUGAUAAUGUUACUACUACACAUAGUACUAUAGAAGGGAACGAAGAGUAUAGAAUACCAAUGCAAAAAAAUAUAUAUAUGAAAAGUAAAAAUUUGCAAAAACAGUGUUCUAAUGAUUCUAAUUCUAUUGGAGAGCAUUCAGUAUGUAAUUACUUAUGUGAAGAGAAUACUAAUGAGGUUCAUUCAAAUGAUUCAAAUGAUUCAAAUGAUUCAAAUGUUUCAAAUGAUUCAAAUGUUUCAAAUGUUUCAAAUGUUUCAAAUGUUUCAAAUGUUUCAAAUGUUUCAAAUAACUCAAAUGAUAGGAUAAAUAAUAAGUACAUUUCUAGAAAUAGAAUUAUACAUAAAGAUUCUGUUGAUACAGGUGCAAGUGCAACGGAUUAUUUUAUUAACAGAUCAGUAAGUUCAGGAGAUAUUUUAAAUGCAAACGAUAUGAACAAUGCAUAUAUUAAUGAGAGAGCUUUAAGUAAUGAUUCAUUAAACAGUGAUAUGAUAAUAUGUAAUGCUUCAAUUGAUGCUAAUAAUUUGAGGGAAAAGUUUUUAAAUAAUGAAGUUGUAAAAGCAGAAUUCAUACAAGGGAAUAACUUGAAUAAAGCCAUACACAACAACUCACUGUAUAACUGUAACGUACCUAUGAAUGGUGUUGUAAUGGAUGAUAUGGUAAUAAAUGAUGCGAUAAACAACGACAUGGUAGUAGCUAAUGAGUUGUUGAGCAAUGAGAUCAUUAGCAAUGAGAUAAUAAGCAAUGAGAUAAUAAGCAAUGAGAUAAUAAGCAAUGAGAUAAUAAGCAAUGAGAUAAUAAGCAAUGAGAUCAUUAGCAAUGAGAUCAUUAGCAAUGAGAUAAUAAGCAACGACAUUUCUGGCAUUAACACUUUAGGGAAUACCCUCUUAAAUGAUGGAGUGAUAGAUAGCCAUCUUGGGAGCAAUGGAUUGGUAAGUAGCGGGAUGAUGAGUAAUGGACAGAUGAGUAAUAUACAGUUGCACAAUGGACACAUGAUCAAUGGUACCUCUAUUCAAAGUAACGUAUUACUAAGUGGAUACCCGGUUAACCCAGCAAAUGAUGUGCCCAGUGAGGCCUUCGUAGGCCAACAAGAAGAUUGUGCUAGUACACAUAUGUUAACGGACCAUGCAAAUGGGGAUAGAGAAUUGAUAGAGUUACCAUAUAAUGUAUAUAACAACAAUAAUAGUAGUACAGAUAAGAUAGAUUAUAUAAACAUGGAACACGGUAGAAGGUUAUACAUAAGCGCUAAGAGUUGUUCUGACAAGGAAUACAUUUUUAACAAUGACCAGUACAACAAUUGUUAUUUGAAAUGCAUGAAUGAAAGCAAAUGCAUGGAUGAAAGCAAAUGCAUGGAUGAAUGUAAAUGCAUGGAUGAAUGCAAAUGCAUGGAUGAAUGCAAAUGCAUGGAUGAAUGCGAAUGCAUGGAUGUAAAUAAUUGUAUGGGGAGUGCACAGGAUGCAUGUAAUGACGAAAAAAGACGAAACGGAUAUGACAAGUUAUCACAUAGUGAUAUCUGUAACGUUAGUGGGAACUCAAAAAAUGAUUAUAAAGGGUUAAGAGAGAUGGAAGGAAGUGAACAACACGGGAAUAACGCUAUGAACAGCAUGAGCCAUAUGAGCUUUAUGAGCGAUAUGAUCGAUAUGAACAACGUAAGCCAUGUAAGGAGUAGUAACUACGGGAGUGAUAUGUGCUCGUACAAUAAUAUAAGCAAUGGUGUUAAUUACCAUGGUGCAUACAAUGACUACAAUAGCUGUGAUGUAGAUACACAAAAAGAGAAUUAUCAGGUUAUUCCAAACGGUGCAAAUUAUAUUAAUGAUAAAAAUUGCAAUGAUUAUCAUGGUAACUAUGCUGCAUGCGAUAAUUUUGCUGAAGAGAACGAUGGAGGUAAUUACGAACAUUACAAUGUCAGUUCUAAUACGUACGAUUCCACCAAAAAUAUGAACAAUGUAAAUAAUUCUGACCUUGUACAUGCUUUUAAUUCUAAUGAUAAGGAUUUAACAAGCCAUAAUCUUCAAGAAGAGAACAUUUUUAACAAUUGUGAGAUGAAUAAUGAUGAAAUGUUGUAUAAUGAUAAAAGUAUAAUGUUAGAACACGAGGAUGAUGAAGUAAAUUAUUGUUCUAACGUUGCAACAAAUGGAAAUAGCUUCAAUGUAAUUGAAGAAAGUGAUACACAACAGAUAACAGAUGAUAACAUUUUAAAAAAUAUAAGAAUAAAUAACAACUAUUCAACAUCUCUUUGUAAGGAAAAUGAACUCAAUUGUUUUACGAAUACUUCUACCAAUAAUCAAUAUAAUAAUAAAUAUAUUUACAGUAACCUCGAAAAAUCAAAUUUUAAUCUAAAUGAAAGCGCUGUACCGAAUUGUGCAAGUGAGCCUACCUCCGAGGAUUAUUACACGUUAAGUGAACAUAAUAGAAGCAGCAAUAUUAGCGGUAUUGGCAAUGGUGGUAAUAUUUUAAAAAUAAAUGUAACACCCAGAAACUUAGUUCAGAAUGAAACUUUAAUCAUACGCACAAAUACACAUGAUAGUACGUACUACGGACAUGCUAGUUGUUCUAACGAGGAUCAAGAAGUAAAUGAUAUGCAUGUGCCAAGUAAGAGGGAUAUUAUUAUGAGGGAUAACAUUAUAAAUGAAAAUCAUAAUGAACAUUGUAAUAAUGGUAAUACAAAAAAUGUAGUAGGUGGAGGAAGUACAAGCGAAAUAUUUUUUCAAAAUGAAGAUCAUAAUGUACAUAACAAUGUGCAUCCAGAAUAUUUGAGGGGAACAGAAAAUGAUGAUAGUACUAAUUUAUUCUCGUAUAACAAUAACACGGAUAUUUUAAAUAACAGCACAAAUGAAUAUAAUACCAUAAAUGAAAACAUAAAAAAUGAAAGAGUAAAUUAUGGUAACUACAUGGUUUCCCCAAAUAUUAAUUUUAACAUUAGCACUGAUCCGGUGCUCCGUUCGGCAGAAGAUAACGAAGAAGUUGUACACAUGAACGGCUUCGACAGGGAUAUAGGCCAAAAAUUCAACAACAGCUACAACAACAACAACAACAACAACAACAACAACAACAACAACAACAACAACAACAACAACAACAACAACAACAAUAACAAUAACAAUAACAGCAAUUUCGGAGGUAACUUCAAUGAUGAUAUAAUGAUGGACAGUCAUCAGUGCCUCACGAAUGAUGGUACAGUCGUGUUAUUCGAGGAAAAUUUAAUGGAGCAAAAUUUGACUCCUCCUUUUGCCGUGAACUGUGAGGAAAAUAUGAACUGUGCCGAUAAUAUGAACGGUGUAGAAAAUAUGAACUGUGCAGGAAAUAUGAACGGUGUAGAAAAUAUGAACUGUGUAGAAAAUAUGCACCAAGAUAAUUAUAGCAUAGAAAAUCAGGUAUCUGCAUAUUUAAAUAAUUAUACAAUGCAAAUAAACAGCAACAUCGAUCCAGUGGGAGCAAACGUGCUUCCUAUUGACAAUGCAGGUGAUAUGUGCGAGGGGGAAAUGAACAUGAAUGAAAGAAUUGGAGGUGUCGAAGAAGAAGGGGAAAACCUGCAGAAUAUGGAAAAUAUAAACUACAUGGAGAAUAUAGAACAGGUGGGAAAUGCUAUGACCCCCCUGUCGGACAAUAUCGAAAUGUGCAUGAACGACAACUUUGGGACGAUUCCUCCGGAGGUGCAUAAUGAUUGUGAUGGUGGUCAGGUUGAUUUUAAUAGUGGUUUAAAUAAUUGUUUUAAUGAUGUUCUAAAAGAUGGUCUUAAUGAUGAUCUUAAUGAUGAUCUUAAUGAUGGUCUUAAUGAUGAUCUUAAUGAUGGUCUUAAUGAUGGUCUUAAUGAUGAUCUUAAUAAUGGUCUUAAUGAUGAUAUUGAUGAUGAUCUUAAUGAUGAUCUUAAUGAUGAUAUUGAUGAUGGUGCUAAUGAUUGCCGAAAUGACGAUGAGGAAGAAAUACAUAAGCGGCUUUUUAACAGUCAAAACAUCGAACGAAUAAAAAAAUGCAUCAACUUUUUAAUGAAUAAUGAAACAAUGAACACUUCUGAUAUGAACGAUAUGAAUGAUGCGAUUGAUGCUAAUGAUGUGAACAACGUAGAAAAUAUGCAUAAUGGAGGUAAUACGCUAAUUAGUAAUAAUCUAUAUGAUAACUACAACGUAAAGGUAGAGAUGAAUAAUGUCUAUGGCUCUGAUAUGGUCGCUUCGAACAUUGUCAGUGGUUGUAAUUACGACAGGACGGCGUUAAGCAAUUCGAAUAGUUAUUACGGAAGUACUAGCAAUAACAAUAGUGGAAUACAUAAGAACAUUGCCAUUAACGGUAGUGGCAUUCAUCCCAUGAAGAAGAAUUACACAAACCACCAUGAGACAUUAUUAAACAGAAAGGAAAUGAUAAACAAAAAUAACUAUGAAAAUAAUGCACAUAAUAAUUAUAGAAAAAAAAAAAGAAGAAGCAAAAAUAGUACCUCGACCACUAGCCUAUAUAACAAAGAAAUUAUGCAGAACAAGCUUCUUGGAAAUGGAAGUAUCAGUACGAACGAAGAGUCGAUAAAUGCUAUUGCACAUACUAAUAAUAGAAGUGAUAAUAAUAAUAAUAAUAGAAGUGAUAAUAGUAAUAAUAGAAGUGAUAAUAGUAAUAAUAGAAGUGAUAAUAGUAAUAAUAGAAGUGAUAAUAGUAAUAAUAGAAGUGAUAAUAGUAAUAAUAGAAGUGAUAACAUGAACGACACGGAUACAUACCUCUCCCAGAAAAACAACAAUACUAUGCCUCUGCAUGCAUGUAAUAAUAAUAAUGUAAUGCCAGAUGGUAUAACUGCUUCGACUCUUAAUAAUAAAAUGGUAUUUGAUUAUUCCCCUAUGCAAAAUUUUGGUGCAGUUUGUAAAAAUAACUCUAACAGUAGCACAAGGCAACUACCAAAUGGUAUAUAUGGUAAUAAUAAUUUAUUUCCUCUCUCUAAUGCUAUCCUAGAAUGCUGUGCAUCGAAUCCAUCAUCUCCAAACAAUGCAGAUUUUAUUGGAAAUGAUGAUACAUACGUGAAUAAGGGCUUGAAUGAAUGCGGAAGAGAUAUAUACGAUGAUAUGCUUAACUAUAGAAGCAGUCAUAAUGAUAAGCUCAACCAUAAGUAUGAUAACUGUGAUAACAACGAAGACUAUGAUAACAACUGCUACGAAAACUGCAAAGACAACCCAGAUGAAGAAAACGAAAUGAAAGGAGAUGAAAACUGCAGUGAGGACCCUACGAAGAAGCCUAAGAAAAAGAGAAAAUCAAAAACUUUCGGUGGUUUAGUAAGAAAAGGUGGUACCAUUCUUAACCUAGACAUUGAAUCUAAACGUAUUAAACGUACACCUCUUUGCAUUUACUCUGUUAAAGAUAUAUUUACAAAUUACAAAUUAUCUAAAAAAAAUGUACAGAUCGUAGAGACCCCCGAUGCUACAGUUGAGUGUGAGUGCACAAUACACCACAACAUAAAAUGCGUUAAGGAUUAUAUUUGCUUUCUGUUUGAAAAAAAGAGAAUAGAGGAACAGCAGGGGUACCAAGAGGGUUUCAACGUCAGUGGUGAUGGUACCAAUAACAGCCACAUCAAUUGUAGUGGAGUUGAUGGUGGUAAGAGUAAGAGUCGAAAAAGCUGCAAUGGGGUUGAUAUUAGUUCAAGUAAAAGCCGAAGCAGCUGUAACGGCAUUGAUAGCGGUGCAAUUGAAAAUAGAAGCAGCUGCAACGGUGUUGAUGACAAUGCAAAUAACAACUAUAUCAACUGUAGCAGUAUCGAUAGCGGUGCCAACAACAUCCAGAACAAGGAUAACGGAACUGAUGGCGAUGCCAACAGUAGUAGCAAUAAAAGUACGAAAAAAACAAAAACUAAGAAAAAGACUAGCACACCCACUAAGAGAAGAAGUAACUGCAAAAAUAUUAACCAGAGGAAAAAACGUGGACAGAAGAUGAAGGAGGAAGAAGAAAAUGGAGGAGCGAAUGAGACAGAAAAGGACACAUUGAAAGAAACAGAAAAGGGAACAGUGAAUGGAACAGCAAAUGGCGGAGCGAAUGGAACAGCAAAUGGCGGAGCGAAUGGAACAGCAAAUGGAAAGGCAAAUGGAAAAGCUAAUGGAAAAGCUAAUGAAAAAACAAAUGGAAAAGAAAAUGGAAAAACAAAUGGAAAAACAAAUGGCAAAGCAAAUAGAAAAAUAAAUGGAAUAGCAAAUUGUAAAGCAAAUGUUAAAGCAGAUGAUGAAGAGAAUGACAAAGCAAAUGGAAAAACAAAUAACACAGCUAAUGGAGCAUUGAGCAGCGGAAACAAUGAGGGAGAAACUGAAAAGAACGGAACUCUGGAAAAAUAUCACAUCAGUCAGUGUGAUAAUAUACUGUACAAUAUUAACAAGAUAUGGUCACCCGCGUUUAAUAGACCUCUAGGGGAUGUUGGACGAAAACUACUACUAAAAGAAAUUCGAGAACACCAUCAUAGAGAUGCUCAAAAAACAAUAAAACAAUUAGCAGAACAAGGAUUAGAUUAUGGAAAAGUUCGUUUCAUGAGAGUAAAUGAAUUAUAUCAUUAUAUGUAUGCUUUAGGUGUCUUUGAAUAUGCUGUAAAAAUAUCAUUAGAAUUUGGAUCAAAUUUGAGGAUGAGUACUAUAAGCAAUAAAGUUAACCAUGCAAAUUUGUGUCUUAAUCUAAAAAGUGGGUAUUCGUACUGCUUACUUUGCUGCUCACAAAGACCUAACUUGUAUGGUAUAUACUCAACCAUAAAACUGAUGGAUUAUAGAAUGAUUCUACACAAUUAUUGCAAAUAUUUCGACGAGUUUGUUGACCUAUAUAAAUUAAAGAAGGUUGAAAAGAUUAGCUACCCCAGCAGGAAAAAGGCCGACGGGACCACCACGGGUAAUGGCAAAAACGGCAAAAAAAAAGGCAACGGUAGCUGCGCGAGCAGUGCCCGUAAAAAGGGGGGUAGCAGUUAUAGUAUCAGUAGUAGUAUUAGUAGUAAUAUUAGUAAUAGUAGUAGCAAUAGUAGCAGUAUUAGUAGUAUUCUAAGUAGUAGCAGUAGCAGUAGCAAUAGCAAUAGCAGUAGCAAUAGCAAUAGCAGUAGCAGUAGCAAUAGCAAUAGCAAUAGCAGUAGCAAUAGCAAUAGCAAUAGCAGUAGCAAUAGCAGUAACAAUAGUAGUAACAAUAGUAGUAAACGUAGUAGUAACAAUAGUAGUAAACGUAGUAGUAACCAUAGUAGUAACCGCAGUAGCAAUCGCCGCAGUCAGAGAGAUGAAGUGAGCGACAUCCAUAGCACUAAAGAGAAGGAAACCAGUAGUAAUAACAGGACUGAGUUGUACAACAGCUGUUACGUAGAUAUCAUUUCCAAAAGUGUUGAUGAAUGCAGCGAUAGCAUUGGAAAUGAAAGCAAGGAGUGCAUUAGUUCUGGUAGUGCUACUAGUAUCAGCUGCUGUAGUAGUAAUAAAAAUAAUGAGGAUAAUAAUAAAGAGUGUAGUUUAGGGAAGAAGGGAAAUAUGAACAACCAGUACCUAGACGAAGAAAUUUUAAAACGAUAUACAUUUUAUAUAACUAAUAUAAAAUUUGAAAAAAUAAAAAAAGAAAAAAAACAAAGAAUAGAUCAAGAUGCUGAGAAAUAUCCUAUCACACACAUUGUUGAUAGUAAAAUUAUGAUUUUUAAAAGUACUUAUUUAAAAGAAGAUAGUAGUGAUAAUAGUAGUACUAAAAAUAUGGGGAACGACUUGUUGAAGCAGGAAGAGGAUAGCAACAACAACAAUGAGAAGGACAAGGAUAAGAACAUCAGUGAGAAGGAAAAGGAUAAGAACAUCAGUGAGAAGGAAAAGGAUAAGAACAUCAGUGAGAAGGAAAAGGAUAAGAACAUCAGUGAGAAGGAAAAGGAUAAGAACAUCAGUGAGAAGGACAAGGAUAAGAACAUCAAUGAGAAGGACAAGGAUAAGAAUAUCAGUGAGAAGGAAAAGGAUAAGAACAUCAGUGAGAAGGAAAAGGAUAAGAACAUCAGUGAGAAGGAGAAGGAUAAGAACAUCAGCGCUCUCACCAGUACAGGAAAGGAUAGUUCCAACUGCAGCAGUGAAAACAAUAGCGAUAGCAGCAGUAAAGGGAAUGGCAAUGGGAAGGACAAAGGAGAUAACAGUGGACAUAUGAAUAAAAGUAAUAAUGUCGUAAAAAUUGAGUUGGAUGACGAAAGUAAUUCUAGCAAUAGAAAGGGAGAAGAUAACUGCUACGGUAAUAGCAGUAAUAUGAAAGAAGAUGUAGUGAACUAUGGUGGUAACAGGAGCAGUGUGGAAGAAGACUUGAACUACGGUGGUAAUAGCAGCAUUAUGAAAGAGAACGUAAACUGCCCUAAUAACAGCAGCAGUGUGAAGGACGAGAUAAACAACAAGGAUAAUGAUGAUUGUGUAGAAAUUGAUGCAGACAGUAGGGAUAAGAAUAGUAGUAAUAGCAAAAAAGACGAAGAUAACGAAAAUGACGAAAGCGGUGGAAAUAGCGACGAAGAGGAGGAUAACAAAGAUUUCAGCAGUAAGGACGACAAGAAAGAUAACUACGAUAGGGAUGACGAUGAUAGUAAUAACAAUAAUAACAACACCGGAACAGGAAGCGGCAGUGGUAGUAGUGGUAGUAGUGGUAAUUGUUCUCAUGGUGGCGGAGGUGGUAGUGGUAGUUGUUCUCAUGGUGGCGGAGGUGGUAGUGGUACCAAUGAAUGCAGCAGAGAAAGUGAGGGGAGCAGUAAGAAUGAGGGAAGAGACAGCGUCGAUAAGGGCAGCGCUAAUAGCAGUAGAUGCGGCGGUGGUGGUGGUAGUUCCCAGGACAACUGUACUAGUAGCAGUGCUUACUUGUACUAUUACUUGUACCAAAAUUACAUAGAUAAACAGAAGGGUGAGUUACCACCCUGGGAUUCAGAAAGGAAUAAAUUAAUUUUAAGUAAUAUCCAUAAUUAUGAUAUACGAUCGUGUGGAUUACCAAAGAACAGUUAUCCCGAUGCAAAAAUUUUAUCAUAUAUAUUAAAAAAUCAGAGUUGUCCAAAUUUAACAAAAUUUAUUUUAAAUUUAAUUGUAGCAAAGAAUAAAUAUGACCAGAGGACAAAUAAUAGUAUUACUGAUGAAAAUAAAAAUAAAAAAGAUAUUGUGCGCAAGGAAAAUUACGAUAAAUUAUUGAGUGUUAAAGUUAAGAAUGAAAAUAAGGACAAUGAAAAAAAUGAGGUACAACCUUAUAUUAAUGAAAUAAAUGCUCAUGCAUAUACUAACAUGCAAAGUGAAAUGGAUGGAACCAGGACAAACAAAAAAGACGUACACGAGGAGUAUGGUAAGAAGCAUGAUUGCAUAUAUGAUCAAUGCUGCAAAACGUGUACAGUUAAUAUCAUUACCGAGGUUGGAGUAAUUACGGAAAGAAAAGAGGUCAGGAACGAGGAAGAGCAAGUAGUACUGUGUAGAAAAGAGACAAAUGAACAUGCUGAAGAUAAGGAUUUCAUGUCUAAGGGAGUUACAAUUGAAAAUACACAUAGGAAAAUUCAAAUAGACCUAGAAAAAAUCUCACAAACAACAGAACGAAAUGAGAUGGAAGGACGAGAUCAGAAAAACAAUCUACACUUGAUAAAUAAAACUAUCGGCAAUGGAAUAAGCAUCAAUAAAUUUGUUUUUUCGAAAAAUAAAAAUAAGGAACGAAAAAUAAAAAAAAAUAAUAUUCAUAUUGAAACAAAUUACGAAAAUUUAAGUAAAAUGUUUAAAAAAAUAAAAAAAGAUAAAUUGCAUUCAAGCUUAAUAAAUAAGGCUUACAAUAAUAAAGCAUAUUACGAUAAGGGAAGAGAACUGCUUUUUAAAAAAAAUAAAAAAAUUGCAGUAAAAAAUAUAGCAAGAAAUAAAGCAAAUAAUAUUGCAAAUACUAAAGAAAGUGUAAAAAAUAAAAAUAAAUGCAUGAACGUGAACAUGAACAGAAACAGAAACGGGAACGAGAACAUGAACACUCAAAAUGAUCACUACUACUCCUGUGAGCAUAUAGCUGCGUUAUGCACAAUGUACGAAAAAGGAAUGAUGGACACCAUAGAGGACCAUCCUCUUCUCAACGAAUUACCAUCAAUACAUGCAUGUGAACCGAGUUUAAAAACAAGCUUUACAAAAUUUUAUAAAGCUAAAUAUGAUAGAAUUUUUGAAAAAGCGGUAGGGAACAUACCACUUGAUGCUUGCUCAUCUAAUUUCAUUGACAGAAGUGCACCGUUCGGGUAUCGUGUAACGCCAUAUUUAAAUGACGAAAUAGAAGAAAGAGAAAGGGUAAGAAGAUUAAAAUAUUUUAAAAAUGCACGUAAAUUUACAAAACUUUUUAAAGAAAUAUAUGAUGACAGAAAAUCAAAUAGUGCUUCAAAAAUAAACUUAAACAUCAUACCGAAAGAGGAGAAAGAAGUAAUAAAAUGUAAAUGGGCAAAUGACAACUCAAUCAAAAGAACAUCCAGUCAUGUAAGCUCCGUUACUACGUGUGAUGAUAUAAUGACUAGAGAUCAUACAAGUAAACAUAUCAAAAGUGCGAUUGAAAUAAAGGUUCAGCAAAAGAAAGGGCAACAUAUAAAUAAAAGUAGUAAUAAUAAAAAUAAUAAUAUUUUAAGAUACUUCCCUGGAUUUGAAGUAAACAGAAAAACCACUAUUUCGAAGAAGGCCAAACACGAAGCGAUAUACUUAACCAAUUAUAUUAAUUGUUUCAUUACCAAAUAUGGCAAGUACAAUGUAUGUUAUAACAAGGAAAAAGGAUUACAUGAACAGCAUAUCCCAAGUGGCGAUAACUCAUGGUAUGAUGAUAGCCCUAUGAAUGAUUACAGUAUAGACAAUGGGAAUAUAAAUGGGGCUUCAAAUGGGGCUUCAAAUGGGGCUUCAAAUGGGGUAGCAAAUGGGGUAGCAAAUGAAGGUAUGACUGACUCAGUACAGCUACUACGAGAUGCACAUGUACGCUAG